AUGAACAAAAUGAAAUACAUUCGUCUUUCAUCCACCAGUAGCAUCCCGAAAACCACAACAAGCAAUUUAAUCACAGCCAAUAACCAAAAAGCGUCAUGGUGGACCCAGAUCUUCGAUCCAGGUGGCCAGUUCAUUUCCAGAUGGAACCACAUGUUUCUAAUCACCUGCCUCAUGGCCCUUUUCGUUGAUCCACUUUACUUUCUUGUACCAGAGAUCUCAAAGGAGAAAUACUGUAUGCGAUCUGAUUAUGGUUUUGCAGCAAUCAUCACUGUUUGGCGUUCUCUCAUUGACGUAAUCUCCUUUAUCCAUAUUUUUAUCAAGUUCCGAACAGCUUAUAUUGCCCCAAAUUCAAGGGUUUUUGGGAGAGGUGAUCUUGUUAUGGAUCCACGCAAAAUUGCUUUACGCUACUUAAGAACUGGUUUUUCUGUUGAUUUUGCUGCUGCUCUCCCAUUGCCUCAGCUUUUCAUUUGGUUUGUGAUUCCAGCUGUGAGAAGUCCUACAGCAGCUCACGCCAACCAUUCGAUUUCUCUGGUUAUCAUCCUUCAAUAUAUCCCACGAUUAUUUGUCAUAUUUCCUUUAAAUCAACGCAUUACAAAAACUACGGGUGUAAUUGCCAAAACCGCAUGGGCGGGGGCCGCUUACUACAUCAUGCUGUAUAUGCUCGCUAGCCACGUUAUUGGAGCUACAUGGUAUUUAUUGGCUAUUGAGAGGCAAUAUUCAUGUUGGAAAGAAGAAUGUGCGAAAGAGAAGAACUUGAGUAAUCCCUGUAACCGUGUUUAUUUUGAUUGUGACCAUGUGGACGAGCCUGGACGUGAUGCUUGGUUAAAACAAACUCAGGUUUUGGCUAAUUGUGUUUCCGAAAAUAGCCCUAUUAAUUUUACAUUUGGGAUGUAUGGCCCUGCUUUCGCUGAAGGAGUCACAUCCGCUCCAUUCUUCGAAAAAUACUUCUUCUGCUUUUGGUUCGGCUUAAAAAGUCUAAGUUCAUAUGGGCAAAAUUUGGAGACGAGUACAAGCACGGGGGAAACGCUUUAUGGUUGUGGUGUAUGUCUUGGAGGCUUAGUUAUAUUCUGUUUGCUUAUUGGCAAUAUGCAGACGUACCUACAAUCGACAACUGCAAGACUAGAAGAAUGGAGGGUCAAAAGAAGGGACACUGAAGAAUGGAUGAGACACAGACAGUUGCCACCAGAUUUACAGGAUAAAAUCCGUAGAUUCGUUCAAUAUAAAUGGCUUGCAACCAGAGGAGUAGAUGAAGAAGACAUCCUACGUGCUUUACCCUUGGAUUUACGACGUCAAAUUCAGAGGCAUCUUUGUUUGGCUCUUGUUCGUCGUGUACCUUUCUUCUCGCAGAUGGAUGAUGAUCAGCUUCUACACGUGAUAUGUGAACACCUAGUUCAAUCGUUAAGCACGAAAGGCCAAUAUUUGGUUCGAGAAGGGGAUCCGGUGAACGAGAUGACAUUCGUGAUAAGAGGUCAGCUCGAGAGCUCGACGACCAAUGGAGGGCGAUCGGGAUUCUACAACUCCAUCACUCUGAAAGCGGGUGACUUCUGUGGCGAAGAAUUACUGACCUGGGUUUUAACCCCCGAUUCAAACGUUAACCUCCCGUCGUCGACUCGAACAGUAAAAGCCCUAAAUGAAGUGGAAGCGUUUGCACUUCGAGCAGAAGAUUUGAGAUUUGUAGCGAAACAGUUUAAACGACUUCAUAGCAAGAAGCUGCAACACGCUUUUAGGUAUUACUCGCAUCAAUGGCGGACAUGGGGAGCGUGUUAUAUACAGGCGGCGUGGAGACGGCAUAAGAGGAAGAAACUAGCGGAUGAAUUGGCGAGGCAAGAAGGGUUGUUUCAGUACUAUUAUGGUGAUGAUAGUAAUGAUCAGAAUGUGCAGCAUUUGGGAGCGACGAUAUUGGCGUCGAGAUUUGCAGCGAAUACGAAAAGAGGGAUUAGUCACACAGAAACGGUUGUGGGUUCUGGUUCCUCGAGCUUAGAGAUGCCCAAAUUGUUCAAGCCGGAUGAGCCUGAUUUCUCUUGAGUUGAUGAAGUCAGGAUUUGCAGUUUGUCACUUUGUUUUUUUGGGGGAUCCGAUCACCCAUUAUUUGACGAGUAACUUUUGCUACGAGAGUCAAAAUUUGGACAUUUGCCGAUGCCAUUCAAGCCAAUGCCACUUGCUUUUACUGAUUC